AUGAACACGACAGCAAACAACGAACUUGGGGAAUUAAUGCUUGAGCAGCGUAUUGAAGAAAUGUACACAUCGUUUCAAAUGACCAAUGUCGUUGUGAUGACCCAAGCCCCGGAGAUAUUUAUGCAGGUUCUCAACAAUGUGUUCCAGAGACAACAAAGAGGCCCAGCAGCUCUCAUGGUUCAUCGAAUGCAGUUGAUGCUCUUCGUAGACUCAGAGAGUCUCGAUACAUUUAGCAAGGGCAUCAAGUCAAUUCUUUUUGACAAUGUUGUUAUUAUAUCUAGUUCAGUGACCGAGUUAGUGUCAGAAGUGUAUACACUGAUGUGGGGGAAGGACAGAGCACGUGACAUGUUCCAGGAGAGGACGAAAAGAUGUCUUGGAAAGAUUUUGCCAGACUCAUCAGUCAAUCAAAAUUUGACAUUGGGGUGUCUGUCUAUCCCAGCAUGUCAAUGUCUUGUUUACACGCUGGUCAUCCUUAAGAUUUGUGCGCGGGAAAGUCUCAGUCAUUGUGACGAUAACAUUAGUAGUAUUGAAAUAACAGAUCGUCUGCUAGAUGCAGCCAAUCAGAGUCUUGUGAAAACAGAGCAACGCGUUGAUUUUGAAUGCCAGGUUAGUGCUAUUGACUUAUCUUCUGGUGCACUGAUGAAAGGAGGUCAAGGCCUCAACAGCGAGCAAAAGGUUUCCGACACGUUAAAAAGCGUUUCAAAUUUUAAAGUCAUACGCAGCAAAUUCUCCGAGUUAACGAUUAAUGAAGCAUAUAAAAGUGAUGGCGAUCAAACGGUUUUAAUGCACAAAAUGAUCAAAGAAAGACAGUCCACUAAAUCCUCGUAUGUCUACAUCUACGAUGAUGUUAUCAAUCUUCUCUUUGAAUUGAUGGGCUCGUAUCUAAACCAAGCCAACCUGCCAAACCCAAGCAAUGUUUCAGCUCGUCUUAUGGUGUGGACAUGGUGCGUGAUGGCACUAGUGCUGAACGCAAUCUUCUCUGGAAAUAUAUUGGCCUAUCUCGUAGACAACAACAGGGGACUUCCUUUAUCAACUCUAGAGGAUCUCCUAGCAAGAAGAGACUACAAGAUAGUCAUAGAGAAAGACUCCUCCUUCAACGAUGCACUCCAAAAUUCUAUAGAGGGCACGCCAUUACGUGAUAUUUAUACAAGAAUUUUACAAUUCAGAGAAGAAAAUCCAGAUUUUACCGAAACCACUGAAGAAAUAGUCGAUCAACUUAAGAAAGGUCGCAUUGUGGCCAUAUUGAGCAGUCCAACUCAGGAAUACAUUAGUCAAAAGUAUAUUCGAGAAUUAGCUACUCUAAAAAAUGUGAUUUUUGAAACGUGCUCUGGAUUUAUUCUUCCAAAAGAUUCAGAACUGGAAAGCUGGAUAUCGGAAAAACUACAAGUGAUGAGUGAUUAUGGUUUACUACUGAAGGUUAAAAUGACUCCCAACAAUGAUUCAGUUUCAACAUCUGCAGGGGACAGAGAGUAUGAGAAGAUACAUUUCAAAAGUGCAGUCCACUAUAACAAACAGUGGACAAGACUUGCAUUAGGUAAUGAUGUGAAGACACCAGUUGAAACGAUAGCUUGUAAUGAGAUUCACGACGUUGUGAUAGUGACCACGUCUGAUGGAACAUUUGAGACAGUUCCUUGGAUAUUGAGCCAUCCAUUUCUAUCUUGUGCUCGUAUGAUUCACUACAAUGUUGACCAUGCUAUAAGGAAUGUAAGUCAGAUGACUAAAUGGAUGUGGGAUUUCUACAAGAACAAACAGAUGAGUAAUUUCCUUCUAGUUUCUACACAAUACAAGUUAAUCCUAGACUGUGUACAUCAACUGUACUAUGAGAGACAGAGAGAUGAAGGAGCAGUAUUGCCUCACAAAACUACUUUUACCAUCAUCGUGUCCUCUGAAGACAUAAAUCUAAACGAGAACCUUCCAAAUAUGAGCAAUGCUGUCCUGGAUAACAUUGCUUUAUUUGUGGUCGAUACAACAAGUCAACAAGUUACACACAUACUGACUUUGAUGUACAGGGAACAGAGACAGAGAGAAUGGGAUUCUAUAGACCUCAAUCAAACAUUGACAAAUAGGUCUUAUAGAUGUCAUGUCUUCCCAAAUAUGGAGUUUGGGCUGAAUAGAAGGCAUCUGACAAUUCUAGCCAAAGAAUGGAUUUCUCACUUGAAAAUACAAGAAAAUGCAAGGACAGGAGAAUUUGAAUAUGUUGGCCUGUACGUAGACAUCAUUAAAGCUCUGUCCUUCUCUCUCAAUUUUACCUUCUCUUUUACUCCAGGUCCUGCUGAGGUGAACACCAUCGAGUGGAACGACUUCUCUAACCGAGUUGGCUUUGGAGAAGUAGAUUUCGGGGCAACAACGUAUCUGCUGAACUCUGUCUUGUAUUUUAACCAUUCUUUGUCUUUCCCAAUCAUCUGGAACAAUAUUAGCGGUGUGUACGUGAACAACGAGAGACUUCCGGUCACAUCGCCAUUAAAACUGUUUCAGCCGGAAGUCUAUCUCUGUCUCUUGCUUAGCUUGCUAUUCGCUUCGUUUCUUUAUUUGUUCUUUGCACACGUUUCCAAAAAGUAUUUCCAUGACAGUUUACUUAUUUACCAGAACGUCGAGUGCAGACGCAACUUGGUAGGUCAAGAAUUAUGUCAAUCAGCCAGUAAUGAUGAUCACUUUACACAUAGAGAAGAGGAACCGAAGCAUCUGUUGAUUGAAACAGCUAGUACUUCAAAGCAGAAUAUGACAGGUAUCAUGAAAGGCUUAUCAAAGGAUCACUCACUAUUAUGCAGUAAUAGUUCUACUGACAUUGUAGAUACUUUCCAGUCUUCAGAUAAAACAGUUGAUACGCACUAUUCCGGCACCAGUGAUCAAAGUCAUAGUACUGAAGCCGGCCAAGAGAUUCACACUGAAGAGGAAAUGAGCGAACAAAGAAAUAUGAACACAAAUCCAUACUCGCUACAGUCUCGGUCUAUUGGAACUCAAACACGAGACAAUCAAGACAUCAACUUACCACGUCGAUCAAUUGUUUAUCUAGUCAAGUGUUCCAACAGUAUAAUCUUCUCUGGAAAUGAAACGAAUGAAUUAAAGCAUCACGAAAAAGAGAAUGAAGGAUCACUUGCAUAUAUCUGUAGUUGCGACAUUCCCAACACGAGAUCAAAACGCAAGGGAUGUGGUAAAAUUUCGAAGAUAAAUUUAGAAAGCUGCAUUAGCGUAUUUUUCAAAUUCUUAGGCUCUAUAUUUUCCCAAGACAGUUUACCAGAACCCAAACUGUUCUCAGCGCGUCUUCUGGUGUGGUCUUGGUGCUUUAUGCUGUUAGCUCUAACUUCUGUCUUCACUGGGAACAUCACAGCCAACUUGGUGGAUCAAGAGGAAUCGAUUCCUAUUAAAACAUACGAGCAACUUUUACUAAGGGGAGACUAUACGUGGGGGCUAUUUCAAGAGUCGUCUUUCUUUAACAUCUUGAAAAACUCAAAAAGGGGAACAAUUUUAAAGCGACUUUACGAUCAGAUGGAGUUAUUUGCCCAGGAUGACCCAAAGGUGAGAGGAUCAUUAGAAGAUCAGCUGACGAAGGUUAGAACAGAGAAAUACGUCACGUUCUUUUUCACAGACGAAAUUGAGUAUUUACAAAACAAAAGUAACAUUUCGGACCUGGUAAUCAUGAAGGAAAAACUAAUGACAACUAGCAUGGGCUUUAUCUUUCCUAAAAAGUCAGCCCUAAGCGACCUGAUCUCUGAGCGGCUUAUGCUCAUGUGGGAUGUUGGGCUGCUAGAGCACUUUGCCCGAACCAACAGUAAAGGUUCGAACAGCACCAAAAUUUGGAAAGCUAAAGACUCCAGCGACAUGGCGCUGGAUGUAUAUUACAUGGAAGGUCUUUUCUACUGUUGCGGUUGUGGCGUGGCAGCGGCUGCAGCUGUGCUGGUGUUGGAAUAUUUAUAUUUUCAAUGUUGUAUUAGGUGCCAAAUGUCUUAAAAGAAUGUUUCGAAAAUAGCAAGAAGUCUCAGCAAUAUGUUUGUUUCGUUUCAUCAGUUGCGGGUGCAGUUUAAAAAUUUGGUUAAUGCUUUUUAACAACUUUCGUGGUGAGUUUGUGUUUGAUAAUAUUCAAUUGCAAGGCGAACUUCUUUUUCAUAUCUUACAAUUAACAUUUGUUAUGACAACUUUUCGCAUUUCAAUUCGUCCUGAGGGGCAACGAAGAUUAUAAACAAUUUCAGAAAUAUCACUUCUUUAAUUAUUGAAUUAACUAUUUUUUUCCCCGUUAAAGUCCAUUGUUCCAUCUCUGAGUAUCAGGAUCAGAUUUUCAUAUUAAUUA